GCCGGCCGCGGCUGCGCGGGCAGGUGGGGCAAGAUGGCUGCGGAGCAGAGCGCGCGGGUCGCUGAGCCCUGCCCGGGAGCGCGGCUGGGUAGGGUCGUUCGGGCCCUCCUGCUGCUGCUGUUGUUCGCGGCCCGCGGAGGCGCGCUCUACUUUCACAUCGGGGAGACAGAAAAGAAGUGCUUUAUCGAGGAGAUUCCGGACGAGACCAUGGUUAUAGGAAACUACCGGACGCAGCUGUAUGACAAGCAGCGAGAGGAGUACCAGCCGGCCACCCCCGGGCUUGGCAUGUUCGUGGAGGUGAAGGACCCAGAGGACAAGGUCAUCCUGGCCCGGCAGUAUGGCUCUGAAGGCAGGUUCACCUUCACCUCCCACACCCCUGGUGAGCACCAAAUCUGUCUUCACUCCAAUUCCACCAAGUUCUCCCUUUUUGCUGGAGGCAUGCUGAGAGUUCAUCUGGACAUCCAGGUAGGUGAACAUGCCAAUGACUAUGCAGAAAUUGCUGCCAAAGACAAGUUGAGUGAGUUGCAGCUACGUGUGCGACAGCUGGUGGAGCAGGUGGAGCAGAUCCAGAAAGAGCAGAACUACCAGCGGGAGAUACACAAAGUGACAGCAGGAAUUGAUAUCAACACCUUGGGUGCUAGUUCCAUGGUCCUCAGUGCUCCCAGGACCAGAGUUUCAAACUCUGGAGCUAGGCAGUGGCGAGAGGAGCGCUUCCGGCAGACCAGCGAGAGCACCAACCAGCGGGUGCUGUGGUGGUCCAUCCUGCAGACCCUCAUCCUCGUAGCCAUCGGCGUCUGGCAGAUGCGACACCUCAAGAGCUUCUUUGAAGCCAAGAAGCUGGUGUAGCCAUCCCAAGCCUCACAGGCCAUCCUUCCUCUCUGACUGGGGAAGAAAGGUCCUCCUGGACUGACUUCUGUCUGGCAGGAGGACUGGUUCCCAGCCAUGGAUGUUCUGGGGAGAGGGGCCAGCACACGCUGAGGGCAGCAGCUUGGCUUGCUAAUACUGAGCAGGUGGUGGGGCAGUUGCUCCUUCUCCUGGGCUCUGGGCCCUUUGCAGUAAUCUCCCAGGGGCUGGUGAAGCCACUGGGAGCCCUACUGACACCUCAGAAUCACAGUGUUACUGAUCAGGGAUGUGAGGCUGUUGUCUGGGGUGGCUGGGGGGAGGGACAUGGGUGGGCAAGCCAAUCUUCCUUCUGUCUUCCUUUGCUAACUUGGGAUUUUGACCAGGUUGGGAUGUAGCUUUGAUUCCCUGCCACCUGGGGAACCUCACUACUCCCCCUUUGGGCCUAGACCCAGCCUGCUGAUCUGGGGCAUGUGUGUUGAGGGUGGGGUAGUGGGGUGGCAGCGUGGGAACGUGGCCCUGAAUUUGACCCCGGAUUCUUCACGUGGUUGUUCUUUUUGGGGCUAGAGAAACGGGUCAGGCGAAGCAGAGGCUUUGGUGCUGGUUGGGGGUGGGGCCUGCAGAAUCUUAGUUACUGAUUUCAUUUUCAAUAAGUCUAAGUUUGUUACAUUGGUUUCCCAAUUAAAAAAAAAUUGACUUCUU